AUGUCUGAUGAAGAGCUUACUGAGUUGAUAUUAUUGGAAGAAGAUGAGAUAUUACACGCUUACAUCUCUCCUGCAAUGGACUACUAUUGUAGAUUUUUCUACAAGGAACCAAUGAGUCAAGAAAAGGGUAAAGGAUGGUGUAUAAUCAGAAAUCAGAUUUAUGAAAAUGAAGUUUCAUGUCGAAGGUUAGUGAGAAUGAGUCGAGAGGGAUUUACACGUCUGUGUGAGCUACUUAAAGGCAGGUAUGGCUUACAAGACACUCAUAGUGUAUGUGUUGAUGAGAGCGUUGCAAUCUUCCUUAUUCUUUGUGGGCAAAAUGACACGCAAUAUGAUCUUGGAUUAAGAUUUGGACACGCACAAGAGACAAUAGGACGAAAGUUUCAUGAAGUACUUGGGGCAAUGGAAAGAAUGGCUGUAGACUAUAUGCGACCACGUACAAUUCAAGAAAUGGAAGCUACAUCUAAUCGUCUAGAAGGAGAUGGUCGAUACUGGCCCUUUUUCAGUGGCUUCGUGGGAGCAUUAGAUGGGACACACGUACCAGUUAUGGUUACUCCUGGAAAAGAUUCCAUACGUUUCAUAAGUCGGAAAGGAACAACAAGCCUUAAUGUUUUGGCCAUGUGCGAUGCAGAUAUGCUUUUCACGUAUUGUUUUGUCGGGAUGGCAGGGUCAGCCCAUGAUGCACGAGUUUUAGCUACAGCAAUUCGGGAUGAUCCUAUUUUUCCCACACCUCCAGAAGGUAAAUAUUACCUUGUAGACUCUGGAUAUGCAAAUAGUCGAGGUUACUUAGCUCCGUAUCGAAAACAGCGUAAUUGUGGAACUCGAUAUCAUCUACAAGAAUUUUUGAAUGGUGAAGCGCCACGAAAUAGCAAAGAGAUGUUCAACAGAUGGCAUGCAUCCCUCCGUUCUGUAAUUGAGCGAACAUUUGGAGUUUGGAAAAAAAAAUGGAGGGUUUUAAAUGAAUUUCCGAGGUAUGGUAUUUCUGUACAAAGACGUGUUAUAUUUGCUACAAUGGGCCUUCACAAUUUCAUCCGUCGAAGCAACAUUAGAGAUGUUGAGUUUGAAGAGGCAGAAGCAGGAAAUGAUGUUCUGCAUGGUAAUCAAAAUAUCAGUGAUGAUACAAAUGAUAAUCAGAGUGUUCGAAAUGAGGAUGACACGGUGGCUGGAGUAUAUAUGAAAGCUGUUCGUGAUCAGAUUGCUAAGGAUAUUUGGAUUGCAAAACAUUGUACUCGUUAG